AUGUUGGGUGCUGUCCAAUUGGGACUAUUUGCAGCAGGUGUUGUACUCUUUGUCCCUAUGGGUAUGGCUGGUUGGCACUUAAGCCGUAACAAGAUGUUAUUUUUCAGCUGUGCUCUUUUCAUUACCCUCGCUGUUGGUGUUCAUUUGGUACCUUACUUCCCUUCUGUUACUUCUUUCCUUAGCUCCAAUAAAUCAAGUUCAGUAUUACCUUUAGAAUUUACUGUAAAAAAGGAUUCUUGUUUGUCUUUACUUCAUCAAGUAUCAUUUGAUUUUCAAGAAUUGAAUGAAAAUGUGACUAACAGUGUGGAAAAUAAGGGUAGUGGUAGAAAAAUUGGUUCUUGGAAUUGGGUUGAGUCUGAAAUUGUUAAUGAAUGUGAUUUUCAAGAAUUGAGUAAGGCUGACGCUUCGGAUUUGUUAAACGGGUCGUGGGUCGUUGUAGCGGGGGAUUCACAGGCAAGGUUAAUGGUGGUUUUUUUAUUGGAGUUGAUAUUAGGGAGAAAUGAGAUGGAGGUGAUAAGAGGGGAUUUGUUUAAGAGGCAUAGUGAUUAUAACAUUUUUGUUGAUGAGAUUGGGAUGAAGUUGGACUUUAUGUGGGCGCCUUACGUGAGUAAUUUGACUGAUUUGAUGCUCGGGUUUAAAGAAAAAAGGAGUUAUCCCGAUGUAUUUGUGAUGGGGGCAGGGUUAUGGGAUAUGUUACAUGUAAAUAAUGCAUCUGAUUAUGGUGUUUCUUUAAAGUCUUUGAAGGAUUCAGUAGUGUUGAUGUUACCGGUUUCUUCGCCGUUUGUUAAUGAGGGUGAUGGAGCGAAUGUGCUCCCGAUUCGGACGCCCAACUUGUUCUGGUUAGGAAUGCCUAAGUUGAUACACUCAAUGUUGAAUACUGAUGAGAAGAGGGAGAAGAUGAGUGAUGUUAUGUGGCAAGCUUAUAGUGAUGAGCUUUACAGAAGUAAGCUGCUUCGACAAUCUGGUGGCCCACUGUUUUUGCUCGACAUACAUUCCUUGAGUAAUAAUUGCGGAGCUCAUUGCACGGAUGAUGGAAUGCAUUAUCACGGGGCUGUCUAUGAAGCCGCUGUACAUAUCAUGUUAAAUGGAUUGCUUAUAGAAUCUAAUCAGAAGCUAUGA